AUGCAAACCUACGAGAUCAACCUAGAUGAGAAGGAUAUGAAGGAAGGAGGUGAGUCACUUGGCCGGGACCUCGAUCUUGGCCAAGUACUCGCUAUCCAACCAACGACUAAAGAGGAACGAAAGGUGUUGUGGAAGCUGGAUCUUAUUCUGGUCCCGUUAAUGGGAAUCGCAUAUUUCCUCCAAUUCCUCGACAAGCUUGCUCUAAGUCAGGCCACACUAUUCAAUUUACGAGAAGAUUUGAACUUGAAAGGAUCAGAAUAUUCAUGGGCAUCUGCGAUCUUCUAUUUUGGUUACUUUGCCUGGAGUUGGCCCAGUUCAUAUAUUAUUGUCCGACUUCCUAUUGGGAAAUACAUUUCAGUCUCAGUUUUCCUUUGGGGCGGGAUCCUGAUGUGCCAUGCUGCUUGCUCUAAUUGGAGUGGGCUUAUGACCGUCCGUUUCUUCUUAGGAGUAGGUGAGGCGGCGAUUGCACCGGGCUUCACGUUGCUCACGGGAAUGUUUUAUAAACGUAAGGAACAACCUCUACGACAAUCUGCCUGGUUCUUCGGAAACUGUAUUGCUGUACUCAUUGGUGGUGUGAUUGCCUACGGUAUCGGCACUAUUAACACGACAGUCAUUGCCCACUGGAAACUCUUGUUCCUUAUUCUCGGCGCCCUCACUUCGACUUAUGGUCUUGUAUUGUUCGUCUUGCUGCCGGACUCGCCUGCCAAGGCUAUAUUUCUGAAACCCAAUGAGCGUGCUAUUGCUGUGCAGCGCACUCUGAAGAACAAAACCGGAGUCAUGGAUACCGGUGUGUUCAAGUGGUCACAGGCUGUUCAAGCCAUAAAAGAUCCCCAGACAUGGCUUUUGGUUCUCAACUCUUUCGCGUCGAACCUGGCCAAUGGUGGUCUUACUAGCUUUACGUCGAUUAUCACCGCCGGGUUCGGCUUCACUGAUCUCAAGGCCCUUAUUAUGCAAAUGCCUCAGGGUGCCGCCCAGAUCGUGUUUUUGCUGAUUACCUCCAUCACCGCGACUUUCAUUCCAUCUUCCCGUAUAUUAGGAAUGUGCCUCAAUACUAUUAUUUCUAUUGUGGGAUUGAUCCUCAUCUGGAAGCUUAAUCCCGACGACCAAGCCGGGCGAAUGGUUGGAUUGACGUUAGCUGUCGUCUAUGCGAUCAACCUUCCCAUCUCGUUGAGUAUCGUUACAUCGAAUGUCGCUGGAUUUUCGAAGAAGAGUGUCGUGAGUUCGCUACUUUUCAUCGCAUACUGCGUUGGAAAUAUCGUGGGCCCUCAAUUUUUCCUCGCUUCGGAGGAGCCAUCGUACCCAACUGGUAUCAAGGCUUCUAUGUCAGGUUUAAUUCUGAGCCUUUUCUUCCUUCUAUGCUUAUACUCCUACUACACGUGGGAGAAUCGUCGACGAGACAAGUUGUACGGUUCAGCUGAGCAGAUCACCGUAGGCGCUGAGUUGCAGGAUGAACUAUCGAACAAGACUGAUCGUGAGAUCGAGAGUUUCCGGUAUCUUCUUUAG